GCUGAUUUCCCCACGAACAAGGCCAUAGGUGUACAACAAGUUACGCAGGUGUAGAAGGAAGUGACCCUACGUUGCAUAUUGCACGCUAUAUCGUUCUCAGGUGUGAGCGACUCUUUGAAGCUAAGGGAGCAGGGUUGUCGUUUUUUCGUUACAGCUUCCAUCUUAUUGCAAGGUAGCGUUUGCGUUAGACAGAGCAGUGGUUGUAGGCCAGCAGAGCUAAGAAAUGUCCGUCGAGGUUGGCAUAAAAUGGAGCGGCAAGGAGUUUACAAUCCAGUUGGAGCCGACGGAAACCGUGAUGGCGUUAAAGCAUAAGCUGGAGAAUGAGACCAACGUCCUUGCCAAGCGGCAGAAGAUUUUGGGGCUUAAGACGAAGGAGGGAAAACCAGCAACGGAUGAAUCCCCGGUGGGAGACCUGCAAAUUAAGCCCAGCGUCAAGUUCAUGAUGAUGGGUACCCCCGAGGCCACCAUCGCCGCCACUGCCAAGGAGGCUGAGGCUGCGCCCGAGGUGCAGGAUGAUUUCGACAUCGGUCCAGACGACCAGGUGGCGGAUGUGGCGGUGAAGGAUCGACCCGAGGUGCAGGAGAAGCUAGCUCGGCGGCUGAAGAGUGUGGAGGUGAAGAUCCUGUCACCGCCUCGACCCGGUAAGAAGUGCCUGGUCAUCGACAUCGACUACACCAUCUUCGACCUGGGGUCCACCGCGGAACGACCGGAGGAGCUGGCCCGCCCCUACCUGCACGAGUUCCUGACCACCACGCACCGGGAGUACGACAUCAUCAUCUGGUCGGCCACCAGCAAGAAGUGGGUGGAGGUCAAGAUGAGGGAGCUGGGCGUGUUGGGCCACACGGACUACAACAUCGUGUGUUUGUUGGACCACACCGCCAUGGUCACCGUGCACACCGAAAAGUACGGCGUGUUCGACUGCAAACCACUGCAGUUCAUCUGGGAGAAGUUCCCCGGGCAGUACACCCCCGCGAACACCAUCAUGCUGGACGACCUAAAGCGCAACUACAUCAUGAACCCGCAGCAGGGGCUGGUCAUCCGGCCCUUCCGCAAGGCGCACCUGACCCGUGGGUCGGACCGCGAGCUGCUGGGUCUCACUGCCUACCUGGCCGCCAUUGCCCCCCUGGCGUCCUUGGAGGGGUUGGACCACUCGCGCUGGGAGAAGUAUCUGGACCGGUUGAAGCGGCGGGGGUAAAGAGGAAACAACUAACUUUGUUGACCGUGUGAUAAGGCGUGGGGGCGGCGGAGGGGACAGCAUUGAGGGGGGAAGGUGUGGGGUGGGGUGAGGGAAAGAAGGAGACCCAGUUUGUGUUUGGAUGAUACGGUAAUGGCGUGGCAAACUAGGAGCGAGAAGCUCUGGGUGCAUGCAAUCGUGUUGGGUGUAAAGAGGAAACAACUAACUGACUGAGGGAUAAGGCGUCAACAUGGGUUGCAACAUGUGAGCCAGCCCGACCCGCCCAGCCCGAAUUAGCGAAGCCAGUACGUGUAAUGCACUUACC